GACGCUCAGUGCACGAUUCCUGCCCCCCUCCCCCAUGGACUCUGCAGAAGCCGAGAUGCAAAACCCUCCGUCUGGGGAGGCUGACAUGCAGCAGGACGAUGACGAGGAGGACAGCUCUUCGUCUGACAGUGAAGAUGAGACCACGAGGCAGCUAGAGGCGAAGGUGAACAGUAACCCCUAUGACUAUAACAGCCGUGUGAACAGUGCCCUGAGGAGGGAGGGUGAGCUGGUGGAGGUCAGACAGGCCAGGGAGAGGAUGAGCAAGUUCUUCCCCUUAACAGAAGAGCUGUGGAUGGAUUGGCUGACAGAUGAAAUGAAGCUGGACUCUGGCAGACAGAACAGAGCAGAGAUAAACAAGCUGUUUGAGAGAGCUGUGAAAGACUACCUCUGUGUGGACGUAUGGCUGGAGUAUAUCCAGUACUGUAUCGGAGGGAUGGAGGACGGGCUGGAGUCGGUGCGAGCGGUGUGUGAGAAGGCGCUGACUGCGGGCGGGCUGCACGUCUCCAAGGGAACCAUGCUGUGGGACGUCUACAGGGAGUUUGAGAACGCUGUUCUGGCAGGAAUGCAGCCAGAUCCAGGCUCCAUCUGUACAGGAGACCAGGAGGAGAAGAUCCAGGCACAGAUCACCAGGAUCAACUCCAUCUUCAGGAGACAGCUGUCCAUCCCACUCCUAGGUAUGGAUGGCACAUAUCUGGAGUAUGAAGAGUUCCAGACAGGGCCGGUGGAUGCCACCGUGAAGCAGGCCUACCAGAAGGCAUGCGAGAAGCUAGAAAAAUACAAACCUUUUGAAGAAUCACUGACCAGUGCUGCGGCCCCGCGGCUCCAGGAGUACCUGUCUUACAUCGACUACGAGCUUGCUGAAGAUGAACCAACCAGGAUCCAGUGUAUCUUUGAGAGAGCUCUUCAGGAGAACCCACUAGUGGUGGAGCUGUGGACUAAAUACACCCACUACCUAGAUACCAAGCUGAGAAUACCUAACAUCGUGCUGUCUACCCACGAGCGGGCCACCAGGAACUGUCCCUGGGCUGCCGCCCUCUGGCAGGGGUACCUACUGGCCCUGGAGAGACACAGACAACCGAAGGAGAAAAUAAAGGAGGUGAUGGACACUGCCCUGCCUGCAGGUUUUCCCCAAGCCUCGGACUAUGUUAGUCUGUGGCAGACGUACUGUGACUACCAUCGCAGGAGGGUCGACUGGACUAAAGGUGGUGAAUCAUCAGGUGUUGCUGAACUAAGGUCCACAUACCAACAAGCUGUAGAGUACUGCAAAGACAGCCUGCAGCAAUACUUUGGUGAAACUAGUGACCCACAAUGCACCUUAAAAAAGUCCUGGGCAAGAAUAGAGGCCAAAUACUGCAAGGAUAUGGGAAAGGCGAGGGACUUAUGGGAUGGCAUCAUGGCAGAGGGCCAUGGGAGAGAGGCUCAGAUGUGGCUGGAGUAUGCAGACUUAGAAAGAUCAUUUGGAGAUGUAGAGCGCAGCAGGAAAGUGCUACAGAAGGCUGUUAGUAAGGCCAGCGACUGGCCAGAGUCAGUCUGUGAGGCACUCAUCAACUUUGAAAGGGAAGAAGGUACACUUGAAACCUAUGACAAUGCUGUUGCCAGAUGCGAGGCUCAACUCAAGAGAGUCCAGGAGAGAAGAGCCAAGCAAGCAGAAAAGGAGUUGGUGGCAGCCCAGGCAGAGGCAGUCCUGGCAGAGGCCAGGAAGAAGAACAAGGCAGACAAGAAGGCUGCCAAGAAACAGGAGAUGAAGCAAGGACAGAAGAGAAAGCUGGAUCACCAGCUCUUUGUGAAAUCAGGAGACACUCUCCACACUGUUGGGUCAUCAGUAGACGAGGAGGGGUUCAAGGUACCGUCCAUGCCUGCACCCAAGACUGGCAAGGCACCUGAAGAACCUCCAGUCAAGAAGGCGAAAGGUGAUGAGGCAGAGGAGGUGUCAUUUUCGGCAGCGUGGCAGUCCAUCCACGAGGCCACCAUCCCGCCUGUCCCCUCUCCCACAGCCGCGUCUACAGGAGACCCACAUGUCCCCGACCCUGACAGGGAGAGGAGGUCCGUGUUUGUCAGUAACCUGAACUACAACCUGCACAACCCUCAGGACAAGAUGAAGGAGAUAUUCUCAGAGUGCGGAGAAGUGGCAGAUGUGAGACUGGCCUUCACCAGCAAGAGGAAGUUCCGGGGCUUCUGCUAUGUGGAGUUUAAGGAUGAGUCUGCUGCUGUGAAGGCCCUGGGGUUUGACCACAGAGAGGUGGAGGGACGCCCCCUGUUUGUUUCCCCCUGUAUUGACAAGAGGAAGGGGGACAAGUUCCAUGGAUUUCAGUAUGCAACCAAGCUGGAGAAAAACAAGUUGUUUGUGUCCAACCUGCCGUUCACUGUGACAAAGGAGGCUCUGGAGAACAUAUUCAAAGAGCAUGGUCCAGUCCGCGGUGUGAGGUUAGUGACCUACAGGUCAGGCAAGCCAAAAGGCCUGGCUUAUGUGGAGUAUGAGGAUGAGCAAACGGCCAGUCAGGCAGUCCUGAAGACAGAUGGGCUGAUGAUUGGGGACAGGAAGAUCCAAGUUGCCGUCAGUAACCCCCCCACACGGAGAGGGGGGCCUCAUGGGGAGGGGGUGGACGACAGGCUGAGAUCAGACACGUCGAGAGAGUCGCAGUACAGAGGGAAAGCUCGUACCCAACUGUCCCUCCUCCCACGGUCCCUCCACAAACCCAGCACCACAUCAGCCAGUACUUCCAAACCUCCAGCAGGCAGCAACGGGACCACAACAGAUCAACCCACCAGCACAGCUACACAACAACCACUCAAACAGGGAGCCAAGAGGCUCACUAAUGCAGACUUUGCCAAAAUGUUCUUCAAGAAGUAGUAGAACUAAUAGAUAAUACCUGAAAGGCAGCUCAAAUACAAUAAUAGACUGGUCAUUCCUUACAAUGUAGCCUGUCGCCAUGAAUGCUCCUAUGGAAGUGUCUGCUAGUAUUUUUUUUUUUUUAGUUUUACCCAUCAGUGGGUUAUUAGGCGA